AUGCCAAAUCCUAAUGCAACGUAUCGUGCUCAAGAGUUUCCUGCGAUAGAAUUAGUGGAAGAUAUAAACGCUAUUGCUGUCCAUGAUCAAGGUAAUAGUACAUAUGUUGUUGAUUUUGGAGUCAAUCAUGCCGGUUGGCCAGAAUUAACUAUGAAAGGUGCUCGUAGCACAACAGUAACGAUGCGACCAGGAAAUGGCACUGAAAAAUAUAUUCCAACUUUUCGGUACGUCAUACCAUGGAUUUCGAUAUAUACAAGUGGAAAACUUGACUGGGGAAAUAGCAUUAUUCUAUUACCCUUAUACUUAUAUCAAUCUUAUAGUGAACGAGCAUUAUUGGAAGAAUUCUAUCCAAACAUGGCUGCGUUCUUAAAUUAUCUAACUACAUGCGCAAAAAAUAAUAUUGCUUCAUAUGGUCUUGGAGAUUGGAAUGCGAUCGACCAAUCAACACCUGCUGGAGUUAUAUACAGGCACGUAUGGAUAAUGGAUAUCGGCGAAUAG